AUGGCCAUUGUGGUGGUAGUGGUCAUUGUGGUGGUAGUGGUCAUUGUGUUGGUAGUGGUCAUUACGGUGGUAGUGGUCAUUGUGGUGGUAGUGGUCAUUGUGGUGGUAGUGGUCAUUGUGUUGGUAGUGGUCAUUGUGGUGGUAUUGGUCAUUGUGUUGGUAGUGGUCAUUGUGGUGGUAGUGGUAAUUGUGGUGGUAGUGGUCAUUGUGGUGGUAGUGGUCAUUGUGGUGCUAGUGGUGAUUGUGUUUGGUAGUGGUGAUUGUUGUUGGUAG